GGCGAAGUGCAAUGCCGGCGGCGUCACUCCGUCUCGCUUCAUUCUCUACUCUCCGUUUCUUAUCCUUCUUCCCCAUCUCUAAUCCUUCUCCUUACUCUCUCUUCCGCCAUCGACGCCGCUUGCUUUUCGAAGAUUCUGCGGCCAAUGCUCGCCGGAGAUGCUUUUGCACCGGUACUUCUGUAUCUGCCAGUUCCAGUGAUGGAAAGAACAAUCAAGGGAAUCGAAUUGGGAGUAAAGUUGGAGAAUUUAGGAGGAAGCUGAGGGUAGCUGAAGUGAAAGGAGGAGCAGACGAAGGUCUGGGUCGGGUGGGGCAGAGCCUCAGCGUUAUGGGUUGGGUCCGGACUCUUCGAUCUCAGAGCAGUGUCACAUUCAUCGAGAUAAACGAUGGCUCUUGCUUAUCAAACUUGCAAUGUGUGAUGAAUCCGGACGCAGAGGGAUAUGAUCAGGUAGAAGCUGGUUCGGUCUUGACUGGAGCAUCUGUAUCUGUACAAGGUACUAUUGUGGCCAGCCAGGGGACUAAGCAAAAGGUGGAGCUUAAGGUUCACAAAAUCAUUCUGGUUGGAAAGUGUGACUCUUCCUAUCCCAUCCAGAAGAAGAGGGUCAGCCGGGAGUUUUUGAGAACCAAGGCUCAUCUUCGUCCCAGAACCAAUUCUUUUGGCGCGGUGGCUAGAGUUAGGAAUACUCUGGCGUAUGCUACUCACAAGUUCUUUCAAGAAAGUGGUUUUGUCUGGGUGGCAAGCCCUAUUAUCACUGCCUCCGAUUGUGAAGGCGCUGGUGAACAGUUCUGUGUCACCAUUCUCAUCCCCAGCUCCCAUGAGACCACAGAUUCUCCCAUCGAUGCAAUUCCGAAAACAAAGGGAGGGUUGGUCGAUUGGUCUCAGGACUUCUUUGGGAAACCAGCGUUCUUGACCGUCUCUGGGCAACUCAAUGGAGAAACUUAUGCAACCGCUCUCUCAGAUAUAUACACAUUUGGUCCUACAUUUCGAGCUGAGAACUCCAACACCUCCAGGCACUUGGCUGAAUUCUGGAUGCUUGAACCAGAACUUGCUUUUGCCGACCUGGAUGAUGACAUGGCCUGUGCCACCGCCUACCUCUCCAGUACGUCGUAUGUGAAAUACGUUCUUGAUAACUGCAAGGAAGACAUGGAGUUUUUCGAUACAUGGAUUGAGAAAGGAAUCACUCAUCGCUUGAGUGACGUAGUUGAGAAAGAAUUUCUUCAGCUGAGUUACACAGACGCCAUUGAACUUCUUCUGAAAGCAAACAAAGAAUUUGAAUUCCCAGUGAAGUGGGGACUGGAUUUGCAGAGCGAGCAUGAAAGGUACAUAACAGAAGAGGCAUUUGAGGGUCGCCCUGUGAUAAUAAGAGAUUAUCCAAAAGAGAUAAAAGCGUUUUACAUGCGUGAGAAUGAUGAUGGGAAGACAGUCGCAGCAAUGGAUAUGCUCGUGCCUCGGGUAGGGGAGCUGAUAGGUGGAAGCCAAAGAGAGGAAAGACUUGAAGUGUUGGAAGCGAGGCUUGAUGGGUUGAAACUCGACAAAGAGAGCUACUGGUGGUACCUCGACCUCCGUCGCUAUGGUUCAGUUCCUCACGCAGGAUUUGGGCUAGGGUUUGAGAGGCUGGUUCAAUUUGCCACUGGAAUUGAUAAUAUCAGAGACGUUAUUCCUUUCCCACGCUCACCUGGCUCUGCUGACUUCUGAUUCAUAUCUCAUUAUCAUUCUUUUACACAACCUUACCUCCGUUUUUUUUUUCUCAUUUCCUCCAAGUCCUUGUAUUAUUAUGUGCCGUUAGUUAUUUGAAAAAUAUCGACCAAAGGAAAAAAAAAAUGUUUGGUUCAGAUUUUAAAUGUUUUGUAUU